AUGAAUUUCGUUUUUGUCUCUUCUCAUUUUCCUCUUGCUUUAAGUUUUCCUGAUUUUUCUACGUUUUCUUUGAUUUUAGAUUUUCUUUCUUCCCCGUGUUCGUGGGUUCUUGUUUUCUUAACACAUAUCCACCUUUCCUUCGCCCAUAACCUUUUUUUUCACAUCAAUUUCUUCUUCUUCUUCUUCUUCUUCUUCUUCUUCUUCUUCUUCUUCUUCUUGUUUUCUUUUUCUUUCCGCCAUUUUACUCAACUCUCUUAUACAUCGUUAGAUUUCUACCUUUCUAAUCUCCAUUCUUCUUCUUCUUUGUCUUCUUCUUUUCACCAUCUUCAUCUAUUUCUUCUUCUUCUUCUUUCAAAUUCUUCUUCUUCUUCUUCUUCUUCUCUUCUUCUUCUUCUUCUUCUUCUUCUUCUUCUUCUUCUUCUAUAUCUCUUUCAAUUUCUUGUCCUUCUUCUUCUUGUUCUCCUCGUUCUUUUUCUUCUUCCUUAUAACUUUCUGUCUGUUUUUCUUCAUCAUUUUUUCUCCUGUCCACGUUCUUCUUCUUCUUCUUCUUCUUCUUCUUCUUCUUCUUCUUCUUCUUCUUCUUCUUCUUCUUGUUUUAUUUUUCUUUCCGCCAUUUUUCUCCUAUACAUCAUUUCUACCUUUCUAAUCGUUCUUCUUUCUUUGUCUUCUUUUUUCUCCAUCUUCAUCAUUUCUUCUUCUUCUUCUUCUUUUUCUUCUUCUUCUUCUUCUUCUUCUUCUUCUUCUUCUUCUUCUUCUUCUUCUAUAUCUCUUUCAACUUCUUGUCCUUCUUCUUCUUAUUUCUACCUUUCUAAUCUCCAUUCUUCUUCUUCUUUUCUCCAUCUUCAUUAUUUCUUUUCUCCAUCUUUCAUUCUUCUUUUCUUCUUCUUCUUCUUCUUCUUCUUCUUCUUCUUCUUCUUCUUCUUCUUCUUCUUCUUCUUCUUCUAUAUCUCUUUCAACUUCUUGUCCUUCUUCUUCUUGUCCUCCUCGUUCUUUUUCUUCUUCCUUAUAACUUUCUGCCUCUUUUCUUCUUCUUCUCCUCCUUCUUCUUCUUCUUCUUCUUCUUCUUCUUCUCCUUCUUCCUUCUUCUUCUUUUCUUCUUCUUCUUCUUCUUCUUCUUCUUCUUUCUGCCGUUGUACUCAUCUCUCUUCAUUAUUAACUUUCUACUUUUCUAAUCACUCCUUAUUGUUGUUUUGCUCUCCUUCGUCUUUUUUUUUCUUUCAUCUUUGUUCUGGUUCAUAUUUUCUCCUUUCAUUUCCUUCUUCUUCAUCAUUUGCUACCUUUCUAAUAAGCAUCUUUAUCGUUUUUGUUUUUGCUCUCCUUCUUCCUUUACUUGUUCUUUUUUUCUUCUUGGGUUUCUUCUUUUCUUUUUGGUUGUUGUUGUUGUUCUUCUUCAUUUUCUUCUUCUUCAUCAUCAUCAUCUUUUUUGAUGAAAUUUUUGUCAUUCUGUCAGACACGUUGGCUUGUUCCACUACUAAAUCUGUUUUUCCUCUCUGCUCUUCCCACUGUUUUAAUUCCUUUAAAUUCUUAUGCUUUUUUCUAUCUGUCCACUUGAAUCCCCUAUUCAUCAUUUUCAACCCUUCUUCUUCUUCUUCUUCUUCUUCUUCUUCUUCUUGUUUUCUUUUUCUCUUUCAUCAUUUUUCUCAACUCUUCUUCUACAUCAUUAGUUUUUCUUUUCUCCAUUUCUCUAUUUCCAUUCUUCUUCUUCUUUGUCUUCUUCUUUUUCUCCAUUCUUCAUCUUUUUCUUCUUCUUCUUCUUUCUGCCUGUUUUUCUUCAUCUUUUUCUCCUCUUCUUCUUCUUCUUCUUUUCUUCUUCUUGUUUUCUUUUUUUCUUCUUCUCUUAUAACGUUUCUUUCUACCUUUUUUCCAUUCUUCUUCUUUUUGUCUUCUUUCCCAUCUUCUUCUUCUUUCUUCUUCUUCUUCUUGUUUCUUUUUCUUUCCUUCUUUUUUCUUCUUCUUCUUCUUCUUCAUCGUUUCUUCUUUUCUAUAUCUCUAAUUCUCCCUUCUUCUUCUUGUCUUUGUCUUCUUUUUCUUCAUCUUCAUCUAUUUCUUCUUUUUCUUCAUCAAAUUCUUGUCCUCCUUCUUCUUCUUCUUCUUCUUCUUCUUCUUCUUCUUCUUCUUCUUCUUCUUCUUCUUCUUCUCAUUCUAUUUCCUCCUGUUUUUCACCCUUUCUUAACUCCAUUGCUGUUUAUUUUACUUCUGUUUCCUUUCCUGCUAAAACUGUAUACAUUUUGUAUAUUUACGGCUUCUUCACUAUCUAUCUAUCUAUCUAUCUAUCUAUCUAUCUAUCUAUCUUAUUACGUCCAUAUCUAUCUAUCUAUCUAUCUAUCUACUCUUUUCCUAUCUAUCUAUCUAUCUAUCUAUCUAUCUAUCUAUCUAUCUAUCUAUCUAUCACACUCUUUCAAUUUUCCAGUGAGAAUUGAAUUCUUUAUUACAGCACGUCUUCUGAAUUUUUUUCUCAAUAGAAUCAUUCACAGAUUCACGUAUCUAUCUAUCUAUCUAUCUAUCUAUCUAUCUAUCUAUCUAUCUAUCUAUGUAUAUAUGAUUGCAUAUGUAUGUAUAUAUUUACCACUAAUAUUAUCUAUCUAUCUAUCUAUCUAUCUAUCUAUCUAUCUAUCUAUCUAUCUAUCUAUGUGUGUGUAG